AUGGAUCUUCGCGUCGACAUCGUCGAGACGAGGCUCUGCCUGGACCAUCGCAGGAGGCCACCAGGUAAGUUCCCCCUCAGGUAAGUGCAUUUGCUCCGUUUCUUCCUUUUGUCUGCUGAAGUUCCGUGUCGUAUGCUGCUCUUGCUGCCUGCCAUUUAUAUGCUAGACUGUCUGUUAAUAACUAGACGAAACCCUCGCUGCCUGCUGCGACUGUCUGUCAGUUUAUGCCUCUCUCUGCUAAUAGCUAGGUGUUACGGUGCUUGACACUUGAAUGGUACCCUCUUACUUCUGUCUCUGACUGAUGACUGUGUCUGUUUGCCCACUCUAGCUAGCUGUAAGUCCCAUAGCGUUAGGUUGUGUGUAUGCUCUCUCCUACUUCACUCCAUCACAUCACCACCACCACCAAGGUCCCAGGCUAAUUCGGGUCGUUCUCUCACUAACAAAAAGUCGUGGCCCAUAGUGGAGUCCGGCAGCCGUCUGGGAUAACCGGGCAGCCCUGUUCAGGGAUGCGCUGCCUGCCCCCGCGAGGGGGAGGGGGCUAGAAAAGGUGCCCUAAAGAUCGCUGGGAACCACGCUGUCUGUAGGCUGGCCGUGGCCGCAGACAAAAAACACACGGUCGAAACAGCCAAAAUCGAAACAACAACGACAACCACUCUCUUCCUCUUCCAGCCUAUUCUUCUUCUCCUGCUCCUACUUUUCGCCGCCGCAGUCGUCAGACUGGCAGGGUGAGCCCGCUCACUCUGGCAGCCUGGAAUGUUCGUUCCCUUUUAGACAAUCCGAGGAGCAACCGACCGGAACGGAGGACGGCGCUAGUGGCACGAGAACUGGCGCGCUACAAGGUGGACAUCGCCGCACUCAGCGAGACCCGAUUCUCUGAACAAGGCCAACUGGAGGAGGUGGGUGCCGGUUACACCUUCUUCUGGAGUGGUCGACCCAAGGCAGAGCGACGUGACGCGGGUGUCGCCUUUGCCAUCUGGACCGACAUCGUGGGACGACUGCCCUGUUUGCCGCAGGGAAUCAACGAUCGCCUGAUGAGUCUCCGUCUGCCCCUCCGGCGAGGAGGCAAAUUCGCCACCAUCAUCAGCGCCUACGCUCCGCCAAUGAGCAGCCCCGACGCCGCCGCAAGAGACAAAUUCUACGAGGACCUGCACGCCCUCUUGGCGACUGUGCCGAAGGCGGACAAGUUGAUUGUCCUUGGUGACUUCAACGCCCGCGUCGGCACAGACCAUACUCAUAGCCGAGGCGGUCCUUCAACGGCUGGAGUCGCUGGUUUUCCGACACCACAGACCGAAAUUCUGGGCUCGGUAUGUG